AAAUAUUUUUCCUCUUGGCCAAAACAUUUUCUCUAUAUCUAAACAACUUUAGCAUUGAACCCCAAAACCCCUAAAUCGACUCUCUCUCUCAUUUUUUCCCAACACCCCCAAAUCAAUUAACAGCUUUAGCAUUGACUCCGAUCGGCCAGCCAUUGCAGCGAUCGUUUGGUGUUACUGGUGCAGUUUGGAGGGGCUACUUAGAUGAAUUGAGAAGCAAUGUUGGGAUCAGAAGGCAAGGAUGAAAGGAGGAAGUUCGCGAAUGAGGACGAGUAUAAGCAGUGGAUUAAACAAGGCAAUAGAUAUGGCAACGGGUUUUUACUAUCCGACCUGCGAAGAGCUGAGACUUUGAAAGAUAUAGAUCUUCCUAUAGGCGCUCCGCCCGAGUAUCACUAUCAUUUUGCAGAUUUGUGGAUGUGUUACAGUCGUCAACUUUUAUCAACCAAUGGUAUGGACCUUGAUACUUUUCCUGGUGAGGGUGGUGGUGAUGCAUGGACGUUGGACUUAAAGGCACUCGGUAGUACAGACAAUGAUGUUAUUCAAAUCAACGAUUUGGCUGAACUUGCUAUAAAGGAAUACAAUGAAGAGUCCAAUUUUCACAAGUACGAGUUGUUGAAGAUUGAGAAAGUGAAUUUACGCGAGACAGCAUACGCUGAAUAUUUCAUGACUGUUAAAGUCAGGAAUCUCACUCUUGGUACUGUUGUCGAAACUUUUCAUAUACAUGCUGGACAACAGGGUACUUUUUCUAAAGAAGUAUUUUCUUGCCUGCUUAAAGGUGGGGCAUUGCCCAGCGUAACGGAGAUGAAAGUGUGACUGAAUGGAGAUGGAAUGAAUGGCACCUGAACUCUAAUUGUCGUUUUACUUUAUCUAUAAGAUUUCUAAACUUUGUAGUGGUUGAGAACAUUUCAGUAUCUGUAUUUGUAAGUUUUUUUUACCUUUAAGAAGAUGAUCCAAGACUUGUUUGUUAAUUAGUAUCUUUUAUUCCAGUUUUUGUAUGAAACGCUAUAUUUU